AUGACUCCAGAUGUUUGCGCUGGCAAAGUGGAAGGGCUGCCAGGAGCACGUGGCCGACUCCUGGCCAAGGCAGAGGCAGACACGUGGCCCAUGGAGCUAAAGUCGGGGCAGGCAGAAUUCGGGGUGGUCAGAUUUGCCCCGCCCCCAUCAGCAGGGGCAAAUUGGGGGUGGGGACAGUGUGAAAGUGCUGUGUGGCCUCACUCGUUCAGGGGGUGCUUCGGGUCGGGGUUGGCCUGGGCCACCCCAUGGCGAGAGCAGGUCAGUCAUGCACGGGCGGGCGGGCAUCUGGGCAGGAGCCGAGUUGGGGUGGGCGUGGUGACGGCGGGGCUAGGGGUGUGGUGA